AUGGAUGAAGCGCUUCACGACGACGACGAGCCCGCGCCUUUGUUGGUGCCGUACGCCGGCGGCGCUUCGCCAGUUGUCGCGGGCCUUGGCGGGCGCGCGAAGGUGCCGGUGACGAUCCUGUGCGGCUUCCUCGGCGCCGGGAAAUCGACCCUGCUCCGGCGGCUGCUCGCUGGCGACCACGGCCUGCGUAUCGCGGUCGUCGAGAAUGAGUUCGCUGACACGCGAGGUCUCGAGAGUGUGCUCGUUUCCGAGGGCGCGUGCGCUCUCAGCCCCGACGGGGCCAUCCUACGGAAUGGCUGCGUCUGCUGCUCUGUCAAGGACGAGCUCGCGACGGCACUGGAGGACCUCGUAGCCCGCGCGGCGCGGCCCCUCGACGCGAUCGUAGUCGAGCUCAGCGGCGUCGCCGACCCCGGGCCCGUCGCAGCCGCAUUCUGGCCUCUCAUCGGCGCCCGCGGCGCGCGCCGGCCGACGCGUCGAGCCCCUGCUGCGCCAUAG